AUAACGACCCCUUCUUCACUGAGGCAUUUACCUCAACACGCCAGUUUCCUGCUGAACAGUUCACGAAAGAACAAGAAAGUAUUCAGACGACCUUCAGGAACCCUGACCGAACCUCGUCCUCGCAUCAAGGAACAGACGCACUGAGACAAACUUUAACCGAAGAAGCACAGAAACGUCCACGAACCCCGUAUCAAUAACGUCACAGCUGGCCUGAAGCUGAGGCAAAGACAGAGAAACAGGCGCACGCCGUAGUCAUGUUAUUUUAUCUCACGUCGCGCAUCGUAAGCUCGGGAGUCGCGUAUCUCUACCCGGGCUACGCGUCAUACAAAGCACUCUCCCAGCGCCCUGCGAGUGAAGACGAGCUAGAGCGAUGGCUCAUGUACUGGUCUGUGCUCGGCAUCGUGUUUGGCGUCGAGAAUGCUGCUGAGUGGCUCAUAUCCUGGAUACCGUUCUACUACACCUUCAAAACCCUCUUUCUCCUCUACCUCGUCCUCCCGCAGACACAAGGCUCCUCGUACCUCUACGUCUGGCACCUGCAGCCCUUCCUUGCCUCACACGAGUCCGAGAUCGACGCUGGGCUCUCGCGCGCCAAAGCCCGCGCAUACGAGUUCAUCGCGGAGCGGAUGAACGCACUUUGGAACCAGUUCGCGCCCGGGUUCCUUGCAAACGCGUACGCCGCGCAGUUUGCGCCUGCACCGCAGCCUGAAGCGGCCGGCGCACCGCCCAGCAUGGGUGACCCCGCGUCCGGUCCGAUGGCGUUCGCGUUCAACGCGUGGCGGUCGUACGCACCGGGUCUUAUCGCCGCAGGCACGGCGAUGGUGCAGCAGGGCACGGUGGCUGCUCAAAAUGCGGCUGCGAACGCGAAUGCCAAGGCGAGGGAGUCGAGGCCGAAGGGGUCGAGGAUGGAUUCGGGCGGAUCUGCCAGGGAUAGGCGGCGAAGGCUGGAGAAGGAGCUUGCGGAGCUGGGAGAAGAUGAAGAAGAAGAGGAAGGGGAGGCGGUGCUUGUUCCUCGCGCGGCUGGGGCAUCGUCGCGGCGCCGAGGAGCGAAGAAGGGUGAGGCCGAGGGGUACGAGGUGGAGGAACACGAUGAAAGCGGAAGUGGCGGGGAAGCGUCAGGUGGAGCCAAGGCUGCAGGUGGCGGCUGGUGGGGCUGGGGCGCACCCGCGGAGAAGCCCUAGGCGGAACGAUUGAAAUCUACCUCGUCGAUUGUUGUUAUGAGACCCAUGGUAUGGACGCCUUUCGUAGGUAAACCGAGUAACAAGCACGGGCGUUAUCAGGUGUUAUUACGUGGACACAGGUGCACACGAAACAUAGCAUCGAAGUCGAAUAGGCGAAACGGCGAUCGUAAGAGCGCACAUGGUGCGCGCCUGAAAUGCUGCGGGAUGGAAGCGGUGUAUCAGCAUCACAGAGAGGAUCGGAUGAGCGUCGGAGGAAGAGGAAUACCGCCAUAUUUGUGGGCGCCAUGAGCGAGUUGGGCAACAUUGUUUCUCCCGGAAAUCACCGAGCCGAGCAAAGAGUUCGGGGUGAGCUUCUUGAUACUGCUUCGAUCCGUGUGUUUGAUUGUUCUUCACCGUACUGGAUCCUAUUGAUCCUGGGUCGGGGCUGGACAGGCGUGAGCACCCUACACACUAUUUAGGCUACACGUUCCGUAGUGGGCGCACUGACUUGAAGGAAGUUGAGGGAUCUGGCAGCUGUUCGCUGACAAGUAUCCAUGACAUGGGUGACAGGAUGUCUCAGAAAGAUCGAUAAAUGGUCGAUUGAAUGGUAAUUGAGGAGAGCGUCGCGGGAUGCUUUUGGACCUUUCGGGUAGAAUGCAACAAGAAUGCAGAAUGGGCGCAGAUAGGCGCUGGACUGCGCCGACUCGGACGCUCCCCGACGAUGGCGAACAGGUGGAGGCAAGCGAUCGCCAUCAAAAGCAAGUGACAGCGUCAGUUGUCAGUGUCC